AUCAAGUUUAUCGAGUCUUUCAUCUCGAGUCGGAGUUCGACUCGGAGUCAUAGAAAAUGCUACUCGAGUCCGAGUCGAGUCCGAGCAGGCAGAAAAAUACUUCUUUUUUUGUGUCUUUAAGUAAAUCCAAAUAUGGCUGAAAGGAUAUAUAAAUUGUUUAGUGGUGACAGUAAAAGUGAUAAGACGGCAUUUGAUUCGUUUGAAGGACUGGAAGAAAAGUUAAUCAGCAUAAAAAAUGCUGAGAAUAACAAAAAAUUGAAGCGUUAUGUUGAAGACGGUGGUAAUGAAUUGAAAAUAUUUAUAGACAAGAAUUUUGAAAAACUUCGUAGUAUGAAUUGUGCUCAACGACAAGAGAUAUUAGAAUUUAUUAAUAAAAUAAUUAAAGACAUUCAACUACCAAUUGUACAUACUGCGGAUGAAUGGAUUAACUUUAGUAAACAAUUAGACGUUUUCAAAAUGCUUUGUAAAAUGGAUUUUGAUAUAAAACCAUUAUAUUUUGCUCAAAAGAGUAUUCGUUAUUUAAAUGAAUUAAAAACAUUUGAAGAAAGUCUAAUUAAUAUUAUAGAAAAAAUACAUAGUAAUUCGAAUUUAAAAGAAAUUUUAACUAUU